AUGGCACAACGAGUGGUGACACUACAUUAUAACAGUGAAAGAUUCAGCAACUUGAACAAAAAUAUGUCCAAUACUAUAUUAGGGCAAACUCAGGAAGAUGGAUCUUUUCUGAAGUUUGAUUAUAUCACAGGGAAUCCUAGUUUUUCUUCGACAGUAAAGAGUCCAUAUCAUAGUGAUGGUCAUCUAGAACAUCACAACCUGGCUGAAUCGGAGACAAGUUUUUUGUCUCAUAAAGGGAAUAACAAUUCAUUCGUUGCUGCGGAGACUGCAAAUCAUGGAGACUUGCAGUCUCGUCAAGUAAGUAGUGACGAUAACGACAAAACUUUCUCCGAAGGUCAGAAUAUUAGAAAAGCGUCCCCUUUGUCAAAUGAGGACGAGAAUGCCGAUACCUCAGCUGUCGCUGGACGGGGGCCGGAAUCGUUAGGGGAUUUAUCUUACGAGAAUUUUGCGCAUUCUUUGAAACUUAUGCUGGAAUAUAAAGACAGGUUAUAUUCUACCUCAUUGUCAAGAGUUUCUAUGGACGAGGAAUGGGCAACCAACAUGAAGUAUGCAGUUGGCAGAUUGCAAUUUUUAAGGGAAGUUUAUUCGACGAUAGAAACCAUAAAGAAAAAGAGACAACAACAUGAUGAUCCUAGUAAUUCCGGUUCUGAAACUCUUCCUGAUCACCCAAAUCUUUCAUUUUCAGAGCAGGGUCCAUUUGACUCAGCUGCUAGUGCCUAUGAACUGGUGGACGAAAAUCUCUCUUCCAGUCAAAUUUUAUUUUCGCUGGGGCAACAUGACGAUGACGAUGAUGAUACCAGCCAUAGUAACUCUGACAAUCGAAACUCCUCGGUCAUCAAACACGCGUCAGCAUGA